AUGAUAAAACUACUUUACAGGAAAUCAAAUGGAAUAAGGAAAAAUAAAUUGUCAUUUCGUAAGUUCUUUACAACAGAAAAAAGCCAAAAUUGUGAAAUUGAAAAUUUUCUUAACGAUUUAAAAACAGAUGAAGGAAAAAGCUGGGAAUAUUAUAUCAAAGGAAUAAACCCAGAUUAUGAACCUAGAAAGGAUAUGUACAAUUUUUUAAUAAGCAAAAAGAUAAACGUUCAUAGAAUGACUGUAUACGAAGUUGAAUGUUUUACCAAAUGGUUACUCAUGAGGAAAAUAUAUGGAAAUAAAUUCCCAAGGUUUCCUUACGAAAUAACUUUUGAGGAUAAAAUUGAAGAAUUAAAAGAAAAGUAUCCUUUACAAUAA